CGCUUUGUAGAACGCUGCUCCUGUACUGUACACAUGGCCGCAGGUCGAGCAUAAAUAAGCUAGCUAAUUAGCUGUGUGGGGUUGCUGAGGAUUUGGCUAUAUUCAUCAGAUGCAUUUUAGUUGGUAAAGCGGAUAAUUGAGUAGUUGAGUAGUUGGUGUAGAAAACUCAACAUGGUUUGGAUUAGCAGAGUGUGUUGCCGAAAGUACGGGAACUUUGUGGAUAACCUGCGGCUGUAUGUAAGGGGUGGGAGCGGUGGCAUGGGCUUACCCCGAAUGGGAGGACAAGGUGGAAAUGGAGGAGAAGUGUGGGUGGUGGCUAAAAAAGACCUUACCCUGAAACGUAUCAAAGACAGAUUUCCACAUAAACGCUUCACUGCUGGUGUGGGCUCCAACAGCAGUAUCCGCGCACUGAAAGGAGCAAAAGGGGGGGAUGCGGAAAUUUCUGCUCCCAUUGGAAUCUGCGUGACCACAGAUGAUGGAAGGGCCUUAGGAGAGUUGAACCAUGAAGGAGAAAGGGUUCUAGUAGCCAGAGGUGGUCUCGGCGGAUCUCUGCAGUCUGGGUUUUUACCCAGUAAAGGACAGGCCCGGCACAUCCGCCUGGACCUCCGGCUCAUUGCACACCUGGGUCUUGUGGGAUUUCCUAAUGCAGGUAAAUCUUCUUUACUGACGGCCCUGUCACACGCCACACCCCAGAUUGCCAGCUACCCAUUCACAACUCUGAGACCUGAGAUUGGCAAGGUGAUGUAUGAGGACCAUAAGCAGGUGUCAGUGGCAGAUUUGCCCGGCUUGAUCGAGGGUGCUCACAUGAACCGAGGCAUGGGCCACAAGUUCCUAAAACAUGUGGAAAGAACAAAACAGCUCAUGUUUGUGGUUGAUGUCUCUGGGUUUCAGCUGGCCAGUAAAACUCCAUUUAGAUCUGCAUUUGAAGCAGUGCAGCUACUCACGAAGGAACUGGAGUUGUAUAAGGAGGAGCUGCUGUCCAAGCCAGCCAUCCUAGUGGUUAAUAAGAUGGACCUGCCUGAGUCUGAGGAGAAGCUCAGAGAGCUGGAGACCCAGCUUGAGAAUCAGGAGGAGUUGAGUCAGCUCCUGCCUGAGGACAUGGUACCCAAGAGCUUCCUCCAUUUUAAACACACCGUUCCUGUUUCAGCCCUGACUGGCCUCGGACUGCCUCAUCUUAAAGCAGUCAUCCGGGAGUCCCUAGAAGAGCAAGAAGCCAUAGAAUCAGAGAGAAACCGUAUAGAGAAGCUUCAGGAGCUGAGACGGGAGAUUCCUGUUGUUGCCAAGCCAACUUGGGGCCAGCCUCGCUCAGAGCCCUUAAACUAGAACUGAACUUAUGAGAUGGGACGUAAUGGUCAUUACUGCCACCAAAUGGCCACAAAUUCACUUGAACUAUAAUCCCCCAAGUUUGUUCAGCAGUGCUGCACUGAACUGAUCUCAAUGAUUUUGUGUACCAUUAAAUGUCCACCAGUGGCCUGACUUUGUGAGAUUUAUUUAAUGAUUGGAAUGAAGAGAGGAAAAAUAUUUAUGGCUUUAAUUUUUUGUACAAUUGUGUCUCGAUAUAAGUAUUGUAAAUAAAACUGUGCUUCUUUGUUUCACAA